AUGAAGAAUUCAUUGCUUCUUUUGGCGACUCUCGCGCUUCCUGCGCUGGGCCGCCUGACUCUUCACCAGCGGGAUAAUCCAUCGGUGGUGACCUUGGAUAUCCAGCGAAAGGAUGUUGCCGAUCCGGUGGCGAGAGACCGCAUGAGGAGGAAGCGCGACAAGACCGUCAGCCAGAAGCUGGAUAACGAGGAAACCCUCUAUUUCUGCAACGUCUCUCUGGGAACCCCCAAGCAGAACUUCCGUUUAGUCCUGGAUACCGGUAGCAGUGACUUGUGGACCAAUGCGCCGAAUUCCACACUCUGCGAAUCCCAACAAGACGUCUGCAGCGUAUCCGGCACCUACGACGCCAGUUCCUCUUCGACUUACUCAUUUGUCUCCUCCGACUUCAACAUUUCCUAUGCCGACAGUUCCGGUUCCAGCGGCGACUACGUUACCGACACACUUCACAUCGCAGGUACCACGAUCAAGGACUUCCAGUUCGGCGUGGGCUACGUGUCCACCUCCGCCCAGGGAGUUCUGGGUAUUGGAUAUACCGCAAAUGAAGUCCAAGUGGGCCGGAAUGGGCAGGAUGCCUAUGCCAACCUGCCCAAGGCAAUGGUGCAGAAUGGCCUGAUUCAGUCCAAUGCCUACAGCCUGUGGCUCAACGACUUGGAUGCCAACACCGGCUCGAUUCUGUUCGGUGGCGUGAAUAGUGACAAGUAUCACGGCACGCUGGAGACACUGCCGAUCCAGAAAGCCGGCGGCAUCUACUCGGAAUUCGUCAUUGCCCUGACCGGGCUCUCUCUCUCCAACUCAUCAGGCAUCAAAAAAUACUCGUCCAGUGCCCUCCCCGCAGCGGCCCUGCUUGAUUCGGGGAGCUCCUUGACUUACCUCCCCGAUGAACUCGUCGAAGACAUCUUUAAUGAUCUGGAUGUUACCUACGACUCAUCGAGCGGGGUUGGAUACGUUCCCUGCAGCCUGGCGGAGCAGAAUGUCAACGUCUCCUACACGUUCUCAUCCCCGACCAUCCAUGUUGCUUCCAGCGAGUUGGUCAUAGACGCGGGUGACGUGUAUUUCCGUAAUGGAGAUCGCGCCUGUGUCUUUGGCAUCGUGCCCGCGGACGGCAGCACCCCGGUUCUGGGUGACACCUUCCUACGCAGUGCCUACGUGGUCUACGAUCUCGCCAACAACGAGAUUUCCCUGGCCAAUACCAACUUCAACUCGACGAGUAAUAACGUCCUGGAAAUCGGAACUGGUGAUGAUUCCGUGCCGGGUGCUACAGCUGUUUCCAACCCUGUAACCACCGUGGCCGUGGGCGGCUCUGGAGCGCGCAUUGGCGGACCUACAGGCAGUAGUAACAUCUUCACCACUGCCCCAACCACCAAGAAUGCGGCGGAGGCCCGGGCGACCGGCAUGCCCAAGCACCUGGCUCUGGGUCUAGUCGGUGCUGGAUACCUCCUGGCGCUGUAG